UGGUAAUGCAGUUUCAGGGGUUAGAAAACCCAGUUCAUUUUAGCCCUCACCACAGCUGCUCACCACCAGGAUUUGUCACGGACAUGAUGAGUAUGAAGCCUGCUAAAGGUGUACUAACAGAACAAGUGACAAGUCCUCUGGGACAGAAUCUAGAAGUGGAACCUUACUCACAAUACAACAAUGUUCAGUUUCCCCAAGUUCAACCACAGAUUUCAUCAUCAUCCUAUUAUUCCAACCUGGGUUUCUACCCCCAGCAGCCAGAAGAGUGGUACUCUCCUGGAAUAUAUGAACUCAGGCGAACGCCAGCUGACACUCUCUACCAGGGUGAGACUGAGGUAGCAGACAUGCCUGUGCCAAAGAAGCCCCGCAUGGGCGCAUCAGCAGGAAGAAUAAAGGGGGAUGAGCUGUGUGUUGUUUGUGGAGACAGAGCAUCUGGAUAUCACUAUAAUGCACUGACCUGUGAGGGCUGCAAAGGUUUCUUCAGGAGAAGCAUUACUAAAAAUGCAGUGUACAAGUGUAAAAAUGGGGGCAACUGUGUGAUGGAUAUGUACAUGCGAAGGAAGUGCCAAGAAUGUCGACUAAGGAAAUGCAAGGAGAUGGGAAUGUUGGCUGAAUGCUUGUUAACUGAAAUUCAGUGUAAAUCGAAAAGACUGAGAAAAAAUGUGAAGCAGCACACAGAUCAGACCACUAAUGAUGACAGCGAAGGACCGGACUUGCGACAAGUGACGUCGACAACGAAGUCAUGCAGGGAGAAAACUGAACUCACCCCAGACCAGCAGAAUCUUCUACAUUAUAUUACAGACUCGUAUAACAAACAGAGGAUGCCUCAAGAAGUAACAAAUAAAAUUUUAAAAGAAGAAUUCAGUGCAGAAGAAAAUUUUCUCAUUUUAACAGAAAUGGCUACUAGUCACGUACAGGUCCUCGUAGAGUUCACAAAAAAGUUGCCAGGGUUUCAGACCUUGGACCAUGAAGAUCAGAUUGCUUUACUGAAGGGGUCUGCGGUUGAAGCUAUGUUCCUCCGUUCAGCUGAGAUUUUCAAUAAGAAACUUCCAGUUGGACAUACUGACCUACUGGAGGAAAGAAUUCGAAAGAGUGGUAUUUCUGAUGAAUAUAUAACACCUAUGUUUAGCUUUUACAAAAGUGUUGGGGAAUUGAAAAUGACUCAAGAAGAGUAUGCACUUCUUACGGCAAUUGUUAUCCUCUCUCCAGAUAGGCAAUACAUAAAAGACAGAGAGGCAGUAGAGAAACUUCAGGAGCCACUGCUCGACGUGCUGCAGAAGCUGUGCAAGAUUCAUCAGCCCGAGAAUCCUCAACACUUCGCCUGCCUCCUGGGUCGCCUGACAGAGCUGCGGACGUUCAAUCACCACCAUGCGGAGAUGCUGAUGUCCUGGAGGGUCAACGACCACAAGUUCACCCCACUGCUCUGCGAAAUCUGGGAUGUGCAGUGAUGAGCUUCGCGGGACGGGGUCGAGCCCUUUCUCCCUCACAACAUGAAUCUGAUGUCUCACUUUCCUUCAUUUCACUUGUACCUGGUUUCCCUCAAGGAUCUUGAUGAAUAUUUAUGUACUAAUUCUGUAACUUCCACAAUUCUAAGUGUGGGGGUGAAUAGAACUAUUUUCUCUACACAGUAGUUUACAAGGCUUCCGGGGCUCCUGCGUUCUAAUUGGCCUGCCCUGUUUGCCUGAUUAAAUUGAUUGUUACUUCAAAUGUAUCUGUUGAACUAGGGAGAACUCUCAUUUGGCUCUUUGUCUUACCAUGUUGCAUAUAUUUUAUUAAAGAAUUGUGUUCAAUUUUGGUAAUAAACAGAGAAUAAUGGC